AUGAGAAAACAUCGUCAGGAGAUCAAAUUGUUAGAGAAUCGCAAUGCUCAGCUGGAGGCUGAGAUAGAAAAACUUCAUGAUUCUGCCAAUACAUCCAUUCAACCUCGUAGGGGUCGAUCAGGUGGACCAACCAAUGCGGGUUUACAGGCCCAAGUGAAGAGGUUGAAGGGCGAAGUAGAAGCGCUGAAGAAGGAUAGAGCUAAAGACAAGAAGAAAAUCCAACGACUACAAAUAAAGGAGGUAGAAGCAGACAUGAAAGAGCUUCAUGACGAGCAGGUGAAUGGCGUCACGGAUGUGAGUAACCAAAUGCGCAAGUUACUUCGAAGGUUUCAAGAUAUCAUUCUGAGCGGGGCUUUGGAGGAUAAAGAAGAGUGCACCAUUUGUCUGGAAACUAUGGAAGUGAACGGCUGUUCCAGCCUCUCUUGUCAGCACAUAUUUUGCAAUGAUUGUCUAUCGCGACUGGAACCAGGCUCUGUCGAAGUUACAUGCCCACAGUGUCGGGAGAAGUGUGCUCGGGAAGAGUUUGAAGUCGUGAAAUUUUCAACCGGAGAACAGUGGGAUCAACUCCUCGAGGUUGCAAAUGAUUUCGCACGAAUAGAUAUUAGGGGUGAGCAGGAAAUAAGCGAAGAGGAAGACGAGGAACCGUUCAUCGAUGAUAAAGACCCAGAUGCUAGCUCAACAGCAUCUGAAUUCCAGACGGCACCAGCGGCUAGGAAUUCCAUGUCCUUGGAUCCUGACCCUGUUCCAGCGGAAGCGAUUAUUCCAGAUUCAACGUCAGAUGAUGGUGUGCCUCAGUUCGUGUACUCCAGGGCUUCUGCGUCGGAGAAGAGAAAAUGGCUGGCACAGAUGGCAGAUCAGCGAAGAAAGAGAAGGAGAGAUUAG